UAACUUGUAAGAGAUGUAUGAAUCAUUCAUCACUCAGAAUCCGGGUAAGAAAGGUAUAAAAACCUUCAAAAGCAUUUAUUUGUCAGUAUCAUUCGGAGGACUCCACACUUUUUGCGCUUAUCGCUAUGUUAUUUAGGUUGACUUAUUACUUUAUAUAAAACUUAAUCAAAGAUGCUAUACUAAUCCGAAAUCCUAUAUAUUGAUCAAAUAUUUGAGUACUUUAUUGCAUUCAGAGUCAAAGUCCCAUUGGUAAUAUAAUCAUACCCCUAUAACAUACACUUAUUUUUAGGAGGAGUUGUUUGGCAAGUGUACCCCUAUUAAUAAAUAUUUUCCCAAAUAUAUAAAUAUCACAAUUGUUUGCUAGAAGAUUAAACAAAAGCUCCAAAUAUAUAAUGUCAGUUGCUGCUUUACUCAAGUGGUAUAUCUUCGUACCGUUAUUGGUGAUAAUCUACAAUGUAUACCAAUCUUUCAAGAUACGGAAAUUGAUGAAAAAAUUUGGAGCCAAAGAUUUCACUAAUAAAGUAUCAGAUGGCUUUUAUGGCAUAACGAGACCCUUUAAAAUGGAGAAGGAAAGAAAAAAAGGAAGAUAUGUUGAGUUUUAUCAUUCAGUAUUACAGAAUGUAGAUCAUCCUGAAAUUGGUACUCUUACUACGAAAGCUGUGGGAAUUGAUAUUAUAUUUACUAAAGAUCCAGAAAAUAUAAAAGCAAUUCUUGCAACUCAAUUUAAUGAUUUUGAGUUUGGGUUAAGAAGUGCAUUCUUGUAUCCUUUGUUAGGUGAAGGAAUUUUCACCUUGGAUGGUGAAGGUUGGAAGCAUUCAAGAGCUAUGCUAAGACCACAAUUCUCAAAAGAACAAGUAGGCCAUGUUCAAGCUUUAGAACCACACAUUCAAUUACUUGCAAAACACAUUGUUCAACAUAAUAAAAAUGAAUUUGAUAUCCAGGAAUUAUUCUUUAGGUUUACUGUGGAUACCGCAACAGCAGUUUUGUUUGGUCAAUCUGUUGAAAGCUUAAAAGAUUCAUUUAUUGGAUUUACUGACCCAGAAGAUAAUUUUGAUGGUAGGAGAGAUUUUGCUAAUGCUUUUAAUAAGUCCCAAGAAUAUGUUGCUAAGAGAGCAAUGCUCAAUGAUCUUUAUUUUUUAAUUAAUCCACAAGAGUUUAAAGAAUCCAAUGCGAAAGUACAUAGAUUUGCUGAUCAUUAUGUUAAUAAGGCUCUCAACGUGAGCUCUGAAGAAUUAGAGAAGGCUUCUAAGGAACAAUAUAUCUUUCUAUAUGAGCUAGUCAAAGAAACUAGGAAUCCUAAAGUAUUAAGAGAUCAAUUGUUAAACAUCUUACUUGCUGGCAGAGACACCACAGCAAGUCUUUUAUCGUUCACAUUUUAUGAAUUGUGCAGAAAUAAAGAUAUUUGGAAGAAACUAAGAGAAGAAGUUGACAAUAAAUUUGGAUUAGGUAAUGAAAGUAGAGUGUAUGAAAUAACCUUUGAAUCUUUAAAGAGAUGUGAGUAUUUAAAAGCGGUUCUUAAUGAAUCAUUAAGAUUGUAUCCAACUGUUCCUAGAAAUGGACGUUUUGCAAAUAAGAAUACAACUUUACCAAGAGGUGGUGGACCCUUGGGUGAAGAUCCAGUAUUGGUCAGAAAGGGUCAACCAAUUGCAUAUGUAAUUUAUUCAACUCACAGAUCUCUGGAGUUCUAUGGUAAAGAUGCCAAUGAAUAUAGACCUGAACGAUGGUUUGAACCUGAAACUAGAAAGUUAGGUUGGGCUUACUUACCAUUCAACGGUGGACCCAGAAUUUGUUUGGGACAACAAUUUGCUUUAACAGAAGCUUCAUAUGUACUUGUUAGAUUAUGCCAAAUGUUUUCAUCCUUAGACCCUCCAAAAGACAAGGGUGAAUAUCCUCCCAAACAAUUACUUAGUAUUUCAACUUGUUUAUAUGACCCAAAUCUUGUUUCUUUAUAUUAGUAGAUUUUAUUGGUUAUAUUUUAUAUAC